UACAGGUCGGGCGGAGGGGCGCGAUCACGUUCCAAUCCCGGAAGCUGGGACCAUAUGAUGGGACAGAUCCGGACCAGAGGCAUGGACGUCAAGUCAUUCCUAGAGGGGAAGAUGGUGGUUUUGUCUCUUGCCAUCGGACUUGCAGAACAAGAUGACUUCGCCAACCUUCCAGACCUACAGGAGGCGCCAGCGGACACAGAAACACCUCCCACCGACAAACGAUCUAACAAACCCGGCAGCAGUCCUAAAGGCCAGACCCCAGACGAGAGUCAUCGGCGGACAGACGCCAACUCAUCCGUCUCAGACCUGGCCAACUCUGUCACCAGUGACAUGCUGAUGUUGUCUCCAGGCUCUGAGGAAGAGGAACAUGAAGGACCAGUGUGUGAAAAACUGGGACGCAUCCAGUUCAGUGUGGGGUACAGUUUUCAGGACUCCACACUAACAGUGAAGAUCCUGAAGGGUCAAGAUCUGCCGGCCAAAGAUUUCUCCGGGACUUCAGAUCCCUUUGUCAAGCUUUAUCUGUUGCCAGACAAGAAGCACAAACUGGAGACCAAGGUCAAGAGAAAGAACUUGAACCCUCACUGGAACGAGACCUUCCUGUUUGAAGGGUUUCCUUAUGAGAAGGUGGUGCAGCGCACAUUGUACCUGCAAGUGCUGGAUUAUGACCGUUUUAGCAGGAACGACCCCAUAGGAGAGGUGUCCAUCCCUCUGAACAAAGUGGAACUGGUCCCCAUGCAGACCUUAUGGAAGGAGCUGAAACCCUGCAGCGAUGGCAGCGGGAGUCGAGGAGACCUGCUCGUGUCUCUGUGUUACAAUCCCACCGCCAACAUCAUCACUGUGAGCAUCAUCAAGGCACGCAAUCUCAAAGCCAUGGACAUCGGGGGAACAUCCGACCCCUACGUCAAAGUGUGGCUGAUGAACAAAGACAAACGAGUGGAGAAGAAGAAGACGGUGGUGAUGAAGAGGUGUUUGAACCCGGUGUUCAAUGAGUCCUUCCCCUUCGACGUGCCCGCUCACGUCCUCAGAGAGACCACCAUCGUCAUCACAGUCAUGGAUAAAGACAGGCUGAGCCGCAAUGAUGUCAUAGGCAAGAUCUAUCUAUCCUGGAAGAGCGGACCAGCAGAAGUAAAACACUGGAAAGACAUGAUGAGUCACCCGCGCACUGCCGUUGCCCAAUGGCACGCUCUCAAAGCUUGAAGGCCCCGCCCACCAAAAGUAAACCACACCUUCAAAACCCUGUUGAUAUGCACAAGCUUAAAGACGGGUACCAAAAGCCAUCCAACAAUCUUUCUUUCUCUCUCUCUAUCUAUUUUGUUUUCCUGCAGACCCUUCCUUUAUUCACUUGUUUUUAUUUGAAUUCUUUUCCCACCAAAAAGAGGCUAAGCACUGCCAAGAUCACCAGGAGAGAAAGUCUUGCGUUAAAAAAUAAAAGUCUACGAGAGGUAAACAGACUCGUCUUCCUUGAGAAAAGAGAAAAAAUAGUUUGACAACUCAACUGUUCUCUUGAGCAGAUGGACCGUAGAACAGGGUGACUUCUAUCAUCGAGUUUCACUUGAAAAAAGACAAACGGCUGAAAACAAUCUACUGAACUAUCACCAUGUUUGUGUCCCACCCCCCUCCAAACGUACGGAUUGAUCCAGAAAAGGAUCGCAAACCACAGUGCAAUACCUAGCUGAAGGAGGGAUGAACUUGUGUGUGUGUUGGACUUUUGUCACUUCUUGAUGUUGAACAGUGUAGAAAUUCGCUGGAACUCUUCGUCGUCUGUAUGUACAUGUGGGUGCUGUUAUGUGACUGAAAAAAAAGGUCUUGUUUAAACAAAACAACAACAACAAAAAAAAAGAAGAAUUCACUCACUUUAAUUGACUGGAUCAGUCCGAGUGUGUAGGGAAAA